AUGCCAGACCUCAACUCUGUGCCACCCUCUCCCCACUCCCUCGCCGCAUCCCGACGACAGUCAUCCAGCCAGAUGCCCCCUCCGCCUCCGCCACAUGCCCAGGCUCAAGCUCAGGCUCAAAGUCAACCACAUCCGAUUCCGACCUCUCCUUCCCUCAACAUUCUGCCGUCGAACCAGGCUGCGGUGAAUCAAACUUCGACAUCUUCCUUGCCUUCGCCGCGCCUUGCGCCGUCCGCAACGGUGUCGACUCCGCCCUCUAUAGAUAAUGCCAUUCCCAUAGUUGGGGCCGGUCCUGGUCCGCUACGGCAUCCGAGACCCUUGACAGCGGCAGAACUACACUUGGAGCUUGAGAAGGAGCAAGAGGCAGUGGUCAACCGGCUAACUCGGGAGCUGUCUUUACUACGCGCGGCCCACAACGCAUCAGUUGUGUCCAACACAUCAUCAACGUCUAAUAGUACGGCAGCGAACAUCGAACAGCAUGCAUCGGAUCCGAACCACUUGCUAUCAGGGUCCGGCUUCUCGAUUCCUUCGUCCACCGGCCGCCGUCACCACCGGACCUCGUCCAGCACCAGCACACGUAGUCAAACAGGCUUGGUGGGCUCGUUCAGCACCACCUCUGUGGUUGGAAUAUCAGCACCAGCGCCUACUCGUCCUUCGGCACGAGAGUUGAGCCGGCAUGACAGCACUGCCUCGCAUCGGAGCCAAACUAGCUCGCCGGGGCCACGAUCGCAACCCCACUCGUUCACACAGUCUCACCUAGGAGAUCCGGCGAUGGCGGGUUACUUCCACGCUCGCGGGGCAGCCCCUACCUCUGUGCUGGGUGCAACGCCAAGCAGCACUAGCGAGCUUUCGCCUGGAAUCCUUCAGGGCACUACCCGCUACGAAGAGACUGCGUACUGGCGUACGGAACUCGAUUCUGUGAAGCGAGAGAACGAGUCGCUCAAGCGCAGGGUUCGAGAGCUAGAGCGACACAUCCGAGACCGAAGGGCCAGCGACGCUAGUCGCGGGCGUAGCGAGAGCGUGAGCACAACGGCGAGUGUCAGCGUCACCGCAGCUGGCGGCGGCGGCGGCGGCACAGGGAUAGCAGGGCGUCGAGAGGGAGGUCGAGAUCGCGUGGUGAGCACCCUGAGUGUCGCUGGGAGCGUGGGCGUUGGUGUGCCCGAAGAUGAAGUCCAAGUUGGGGAGAGUGCUGCUAGUGCCGGUCUAGGACCAGGCGGCAGCGGCGCUGCAGGUCGAUCGGGCGCGAACUGA